UUGUCACCUACUCCUUUCAUACUUGGUACUCCAUCCCUUCCCUUCUCUCUUUUCUCUCUCAAAGCGCAACACAACAGCAAUAAUCAGAGCAGCGCAAUUGAAUUCACCAAAAUGCGAAUACUGUGUUGAACUCCGUUCCGUUGAUUCGCCAUGGACAAGCACAAGUGCAAGCUUUGCUUCAGGAGCUUCUCCAAUGGCAGAGCCUUGGGGGGUCACAUGCGCUCUCACAUGAUGAACCUUCCUCUCUCGAAGCCCGAAGAAGCGUCACCGCGAACCAUCCAACUCAGCUUCGAAGCCGAAUCAGCUUCUUCUUCUUCAUCUUCAUCAUCCGAUGAUGACGAAGACGGUGACAAGAGUCUCUGUUACGGCCUCAGAGAGAACCCCAAACGAAGCAUUCGCCUCGUCGAUCCCGAAUUCUCGUUCGCAGCUGCAGAUACUGGCUCCGCGAUCGUCCAUGACAGAGAGAGCGAGUCCGAGUCAUCCAAGAGCAACCCAACUCGUAAAAGAUCCAAAAGGCCAUGGAAUAACAAUAAUAAUAAUAAUAUUAAUAGCAACAAUUAUUAUUAUUAUAAUGAUCUUAAUAAUGAUACUAACAAUUAUACCACCCCCAGCAUCAAGAAGCAAGUUUUCGGAACCGAACAUGAAGCCCUGAUGAAGAAGAAGAGUAAGACAGAUUCGUGGGUGGAUCACGAACCUGCGAGCUCGGUCUCCGAAGCAACUACCGAGGAAGACGUGGCGUUUUGUCUGAUGCUGCUUUCCAGGGACAAAUGGAAGCGACAUAAGGACCAACCGCAAUUCAUGGAGGUGGAAGAUCAAUACGAGGAGGAGGAAGAGGAGGAGGAGGAAGAAGAGGAGGAAGACGAAGCGUUCGAGGAGAGCGAGGAAUCCCAAGAGACGAUGAAACUGUGCAAGAACCGAGUACGAGGAAGGUACAAAUGCGACACGUGCAACAAGGUGUUUCGAUCGUACCAAGCUUUGGGGGGACACCGAGCGAGUCACAAGAAGAUCAAAGUGAACGUGAAAGUGGACGGUGAAGAAGCGGAAGUUGAGCACAGGAAGAAAGGUGGGACGUGUGGCGUGGAGAAGAAAAUCCACGAGUGCCCCGUUUGUUUCAGAGUCUUCGCUUCGGGUCAAGCACUUGGUGGACACAAGAGAACCCAUGUUACUGGGUCAGCACCCGCAACAGUUCCAUCAACUUCAGCAAAGUUUGGAAACAGCUUCAUAGAUCUCAACCUGCCUGCUCCGAUUGACGAAGACGAGGCUAGCCAAAUCGAGAACUCUGCUGUUUCCGAUGCAGAAUUCGUCAAAACCCGAUAGGUAAAGGAGAAAGGAUCAAAUUUUUUGGUGCUCAGAGAUAAAUUUAUUUUUGAUAAGUUUUAUAUAUGUUCUGCAAAUUAGAUAAUAUGGUUACUCUAUAUUAUUCAUGUAAUGUUAUAAAUUAUAAUCAUAUAAUUCUUCCAAGAUUCUAACCGUAAUGCAGUUCUUCUGAUCUGUCCUGUAUCUCUGUAAGAAAUGUCAUAAGGAAUCAAUCAAUGGAGGAUUCGAAAGUUA